CUGUGCGUGAGGGCGGCGGAGCCAUGAUGGCGGGCGGCGCCGGCGAGGAGGGGCUCGGGGUCGGGUGUCGGGACCCGGAUCCGGCUUCGGCUCCGACGUGGGCUCUAGCAAUGACCCCGAUCCCAGCACCGACCCCGGCCUCCACACCUUCUUUGUCUCUGGCCUCGGAGUCUCUCCAAACGAUGCAGGACCUGACCGGCGAUGGAGGGGUGCUCAAGGAGCAGUUGCGCCCCGGCAUCGGGCAGCCUGUGCCCCCAUCCGCCUCCGUGGCAGUGAAGUACUCCGGCUAUCUGGGAAAUUGGAAUAAGCUGUUCUGUUCAAACGGGAGCAGCAAGUAUCCAAGGCUGAUGAAACUUGGAAAAGACAUCACACUGUGGGGGCUGGAGAUUGGGCUGCUGUCUAUGACCAAAGGAGAGGCUGCGCUGUUCGUCCUCACUCCAGAAUAUGCCUAUGGCCAGCGAGGCUGUCCUCCCUCCAUCCCCCCAAACAUGACGGUCCUCUUCAAGGUGGAGGUUCUGGACUUCAUAGACUCCGAGGAGUGUGACGCGUUCUUUGAGUUGACUUACGAACAGCGGGAUAGACUUCCUUUAGAGAAGGUGUUGAAAGUGGCAGCCACAGAGAGAGAGUUUGGCAACUACUUCUUCUAUAAGCAGUGCUUCAAGAUUGCCAAGGACAGAUACAAGAGGGCACUCUCCAUCCUGGGUCACAGCUCUUCCAGUAAGGCAGAGCAGAGCCAGAUCAACGCUUCCAAACUGCUACUGUUCCUGAAUCUCUCACUCACUUACCUGAAACUGGAACGUGCUGACCGAGCUUUGAAAUACGGGGAGUUAGCCUUGGAGAUGGACCAAGGAAGUGCCAAAGCGCUGUUCAGGUGUGGCCAGGCUUGUCUCUACCUGAGGGAGUACAGCAAAUCUCGGGAUUUCCUGGCCAGAGCUCAGUGCAUCCAGCCCUUCAACCGUGAUAUCAACAAUGAGCUGAAGAAGUUGGCAAGGUACUACAAGGAAUACAAGGAAAUGGAGAAAGAAAUGUGCUACCAGAUGUUUGACCCUCUCAAUUCUUAUGGCUGAGAAGAAAUCAAGGACCUUUCCAGCUGUCCAGCUCUUGGUAUAUGGAGAUCUCAGCGUCACAUACAAGUUUUGGGAAAAGGGACAGGAGCACUGUCUUACUUUGAGAGAUAGAAGUGAAGGUUCAGUGUUUAUACACAACCUGAUUUUCCUGAAGUUUGGUUUGUUUGCCAUGUUUUGAGGCAGUUUCCAGAAUAAUGAAGUCUGUGCUGUUGGAGAAAGGAAGGGGUCUGUGUAAAUUCCUUUUCUUCUCCCAUCUGCACAGUUUGAAGAAAACUCCUGAACUGAUGUCCUGCCUCUUGCAGAUAGAUUCCAGGCUGCUUUCAGGGAAUUUGUAAGUGGGAAGAGGAUGCCAUGAAGUUUUCUAUUUUCACAGAUUGUUCUUAAAAAAAAAAGUUUUGGUUUUUUUUUUGUUCUGAGGAAAUAAACCAACCUGAGCACUAAAGCUGGCGGGACUUGUGGCAAUUU